UCCACUGCUCAUUGAUCACAGGUCGUGUCUCCAACAAAAACAAGUGGGACUGAAAAUGCUUAGAUAUUAAUUUCUGUCUUUCGUUGAAAUUCUCCCAAAUGUCAAAGACCAGCGGUUCUUCCCUCAUGACCGUCCAAGACUGAGAAUGGUUUCGCCUCACGUGCAGAUCCUCCAGCCUAGCUCCGUGAACCCUUACUUGCCAACCCAUUAUAGAAUUGAGUCAUGCUCGACCAUGGCUGAACUCAAGCAACAUCACUCUCUCUUUGUUAAACUCGGCCUCUCAACUAACAACGAUGCUAUGGGACGCAUAAUCAAGUUCUGCUCGUUGUCCUCAAAUGGUCAUUUCCCCUAUGCUCUCCGAGUUUUCUGCACUAUUCCAAACCCUGACGCGUUUAUCUACAAUACCGUGAUGAGAGGUUAUUUGGGGGACCAUCUGCCCAGAAAUUGCAUUCUCUUGUACUCAUUGAUGCUCGAAGAAUCUCUGAUACCCAAUAGUUUUACAUUCCCAUCUGUUAUAAGAGCUUGCUGUGUUGAUAAUGCUAUUAAGGAAGGAAAACAAGUCCAUGCCCAUGUUGUGAAAUUCGGGUUUGGAGCUGAUAGGGUCUCCCAGAACAAUUUAAUUUUUAUGUAUGUGAAUUUUCAAUCCUUGGAUGAAGCUAGAAAGGUGUUUGACAAAAUGCCUGUUCGAGAUGUGGUGUCUUGGACUACUUUGAUUACCGGGUAUUCUCAAUGGGGACUCAUUGAUGAUGCCUUCGAUGUGUUUGAGCUUAUGCCGGAAAAGAACUCUGUUUCUUGGAACGCCAUGAUUGCCUCUUGUGUUCAAAUCAAUCGUUUCCAGGAAGCAUUUGCUUUGUUUAACAAGAUGCAGGAGGAAAAAGUGGAAUUGAAUAAGUUUGUCGCUGCUAGUAUAUUAACUGCUUGCACAGGACUCGGAGCUUUAGAGCAGGGGAAGUGGAUACAUAAACAAAUUGAGAAAACUGGGAUAGAAUUGGACAUGAAACUUGCUACAACGAUCAUUGACAUGUACUGUAAGUGUGGUUGUCUCGAGAAGGCAUUUGAAGUUUUCAGUAAAUUACCUGAGAAGGGAGUUUCUUCAUGGAACAGCAUGAUUGGAGGGCUUGCAAUGCAUGGAAAAGGAGAAGAAGCCAUCAAGCUUUUCAGGGAGAUGGAGAGGGAAGAAAAUGUUGCUCCUGACAGCAUCACCUUUGUGAAUCUUCUCAGUGCAUGUGCUCAUUCAGGACUACUUGAGGAGGGACAAUAUUUCUUCCAUUACAUGAUUGAUGUCCACAAUAUUGAACCCAAGAAAGAGCAUUAUGGCUGCAUGGUUGAUCUGCUUGCCAGGGCUGGAAUGCUAGAAGAAGCAAGAAACAUCAUAGACAACAUGCCAAUGAUUCCUGAUGCAAGCAUAUUAGGUGCCCUUCUUGGAGCUUGUAAAAUCCAUAACAAUGUUGAGUUAGGGGAGAAGAUAGGCCAGAAAGUUAUUGAUCUAGAACCUGGAAAUAGUGGGCGUUAUGUGACAUUGGCUAACAUAUAUGCUAAUGCUGGAAGAUGGGAAGAUGUUUCUAAUGUGAGAAAGUUAAUGAAUGAAAGGGGAGUGAAGAAGGAACCAGGUUUCUCCAUUAUUGAAAUGGAUGGACUUGUGAAUGAGUUCAUUGCAGGCGGAACGGCUCAUCCGUAUCCAGAUCAUCUUCAAGCUCAAGCAAUACACACCAAACUCGAAGAAAUAUUGGAAUCAAUCAGGUUGGUUGGCUAUGUUCCUUGCACUGAUGCUGCAUUGCAUGACCUUGUUGAGGAGGAAAGGGAGAAUCCCUUGUUGUAUCACAGUGAGAAACUUGCUGUUGCUUAUGGCUUGUUAAGAAGUAAACAAGGUGAAACUCUACGCAUCACCAAGAAUCUGAGGAUUUGUAGAGAUUGUCACCAAGCAAUUAAACUUGUCUCAAAGCUUUUUGAUCGUGAUAUGAUAAUAAGGGACAGGUACCGUUUCCACCACUUUAGCAAUGGAGAGUGUUCAUGCAGAGACUAUUGGUAACUGUUAAACUUUGAAGUAAUGUAUUGCUAGAAUUUCUGUAUGUAAAGUUUUAUGCCUUACCUUAAGGUGAAAACAGCAUGCAUAGAGCAUAAUAUACAUGUAUUCUUAUUAUCAUAAAAUUGCCACAAGCAGAUGUUGUGCAUAAUUUUCGGUCAAAUUGAUAUUUUGAUCUUUAAGUGUAUUUAUUGUUUUAAAA